UUCGUUGGCAACAUCACUCUGUACGUCAUCGUCAAGUAAACCGCAAAGAUGUCACAAGCGGAAACGUAGAUACGGCCGCGAAAAUCCCGUAAGGUUACAAGUAUUAUUUUUUUUGUUCGUAAUAGAGCCGUGGCCAUGAGUGCAACUCACGCUAUUACCCGACUAUGACCGGUGUCGUGACUAUUGGUAAGCGUAUGACGUAGUAUCAAUGAGUUAAAGUUAGUAGAUAAUUAUUAGCAAUCAGCGCGCGAUGUCGGGCCGCGGGCAGGACGAGGCCGAGAGCGAGUCUAAGCUCAUGAAGCGGGCGCUGAGCGCGGCCUUCUAUGCGUUCGCCUCCUUCAUGAUCACCGUCGUCAACAAAACGGUGCUAACCACGUACGCUUUCCCGUCGUACCUGGUGCUCGGUCUCGGGCAGAUGAUAGCGACUUUAGCGGUGCUGUGGGUCGGGCGGCGGAUCCGGCUGGUGCAGUACCCGUCGCUGGACAUGAACGUCGCGCGCCGCAUCUGGCCGCUGCCGAUCAUCUACCUCGGUAACAUGGUUACGGGCCUCGGAGGGACGAAGGAGCUGAGCUUGCCGAUGCUUACCGCGCUGCGUCGCUUCAGCAUUCUCAUGACCAUGAUUUUGGAGAGAAUCAUACUCGGUGUAAGAGCUACAUGGCAAGUGCAAGGAAGUGUCAUGGCCAUGGUGGGAGGAGCGUUGCUGGCCGCAGCUGAUGACGUCACGUUCUCCUGGCAGGGCUACACGCUAGUCCUCCUUAAUGACGGCUUCACUGCGGCUAAUGGUGUUAUAAGUAAGAAGAAGCUUGACUCGAAGGAGCUUGGGAAGUAUGGGCUCAUGUUCUACAAUGCGCUCUUCAUGAUCGUGCCUGCAGCUUAUGUUGCCUGGCAUGUCGGGGACAUCGAAGCAUCAAUCAAUUAUGAGCAUUGGGGUGAUACGCUGUUCCUAAUUCAGUUCCUAACAUCGUGUGUCAUGGGGUUUGUACUCUCAUACAGUGUCAUGCUCUGUACACAAUACAACAGUGCCUUAACGACAACUAUCAUUGGUUGUCUUAAGAAUAUUUUAGUUACUUAUCUCGGUAUGGUAAUUGGUGGAGACUAUGUGUUCUCGUGGCUUAACUUUGUAGGUUUAAAUAUAAGUGUGUUGGCGAGUCUUAUAUACACAUAUGUUACGUUCAAACGUAAACCUCAGGCUGUUUACAGCAAGAUUGCGGAAGCAAAUGCUCGUGUGGAUACCGUAUAGCAGUAUCUGAAACAUAGGACCCAGUGCUCUACGUUCCUAGUAUAGUAUUGAGUUACCAAAGAACAGUGGAUUUUGUGAAAUAUCAUAUUUUAACUUGAUCAAAAGUGAACAAGUAAAUUAUUAGUGCUAUUUCUGGUAGUUGAAUGCUAGUAUAGGAGGAAAACUCCAGUAUUUGAGGUGGAAUGUUUUACUGCCUUUUCUUUACAAUAUUAACGCAUUCAAACAAUGCAAUCAGUGUCAUAUCUUACUAUUUUAUCAUGCGAAACAUUUGUGUUUUCUUAUCUUUUAUAAUAUGUUAAUUAUGAUUGCAUUAGUCUAUUUAAUAUAAAUAAUGUUUUAUUUAUUUAUGCACAGUGCGAAAGAAAUCUAAAACCGUAACUUUCCCGGCUUUUUUUAGUGAUAUCAUUACCUCUGUGGUAAACUCAGGGGACUGUUUUUUACAGGCCCGGAAUACAAGGGAAAUUAAGUCACAUACAAUCAAAGUCACUAACAUCCACUUUAUUCCUGUAACAAUUUUGAAUGCAGUUGUGGUGUUACUUCUACAUAUUUCGGUUCAAUAUUAGAAUUGUAUUUUUUUACCUGUGGAUGUUGUAGAAUGUAGACUUUGCUUCUAUAUUAUACAAUUCUAAGUCUCUAAAACCUUAAAUUUGCUUGUAUUUCCGGUCUUAGACAACAGACCACAGAUGCGUCUCAAAAGCGGUUUAAAAUUUUAUAAACUGUUUUUAUUUGAAAUACAAGCCUUGGAAAAUCAGAAUUUGCUGCGUAUGCAUUUAUUAUUUAAAAAAGAUUUAUAUAGAUAAUGUCUUUUUGAAGUCUGAAUUAAAUCAUUUUAAUUUAAGACUUCGUAUCACUACAAAAUUGUAGUACAAAUUUAAGUAUACUUUCAUUAUUAGGGACAUUCAAGUGCAUAAAUAUAUAUACAUUCCCAGUUUCAAAAAUGUGUGUACGCUCUUACACCUUAGACAAUAAAGUCGUGUUCACAUAUUUUUGAGCCAUUUCUCUGGAUCGAUAUUUUUGCCUUCGACUGGACGUAGGGCUAGUGGACUAGUUUUACAUCAUGUAUCUUCCACACUGUUAAGGCCGUUCCAUCGGUUUGCCGCUGUCUCUGUCACAUUUGGCAAGAAAGAACGGGAAAUAUCAUGCGCGCCAAGUGUCAAUUUUGAUCGAAUUUUGUCGAUUUUUAUUUAUUUUAAAAACGUUACCCUACAAUAUCGAAAUUCGAAAGCUAUGAAAUUACUAUUUAAGUUAAGAUUGUUUUUUCUUCUUUUUUUGUUUAUAGUAUCACAUAAUAAAUAACCGAGUAAAGUUGGAUUAAAAAUCCGAGUUAGAGGUUACUUUGGGAAUUAAUUGUAUCGAGCGAAGUGUAUUCGUGUAUCGGAAGCUAUGAUAUUAAAGAUAAUAUAGUCAAGAACUACAUAUAUUUUUUCCACGCGUACGAAUAUCAACGCCUCUUAGAAAAACAUGAUCAUAUAAGGAGAUUUUUCGCCUUCUGGCUCAGGGAACCGCCUUAAGGGGGGAUAACGCAAAAUUAUUAUUUAAAGGUUAGAAUAAAGUUUGUACUGAAAACGCACUGAAACAUUCCACAUUUUGAUAUUUAUUUUACGACUAGAAAUAGAAACAUAUAAUAAUUGCAUUUCAAUAUCGUGAAACAUUUAGCAUUAGUUACAUGUUAGUAUUAAUAAUGAUAACUAAAUGCAAUAAUUGUAUUGUAAUAUAAAUAAUAACGUAAUAUAAUAUACGAGUUUUAUAUGCGUGUAGCUUAAAAAAUAAUGCCAAUCCUGUAUUAAAGGCGAAAUUCUAAUAGUUAUUUACGAUACAAGUGCGGAAAAGAGGAAAUUCGAAACGAGUGGCGAUAAAUUAAAACACGACCGCAGGGAGUGUUUUAAAUCGACACGAGUUGCGAAUUACCUAUUCGCACGUGUAUCGUACAACGUUUUACAGUACAUAUGGCCCUUUAAACUUUCGACAUAUGCACGAAAAGUGCUAUUUGACGCACUAGUGCGAGAAAGUAGCACCAUAUGUACUGUAAAGACAUAUACAGCACGGCUUUGUACAUUAUGGUGUUCAUAGGCUACGGUGGCAGCUUACUAUAACGUGUGUGUAUAAAAAACAUGUGAGGCGUGUUGCGCGGUGUCUUGGGUGUGGUAUAAAAUGUGGUAUUUUCUAUAAAAAGGGACCUUAUUGUCGAUGGCGUUUACGCCAUUAUAAACGAUGUUCCGAUAUAAAAACAAUGCCGCGCGACGUAAGCGCCGUCGACAAUAAGGUCCCUUUUCAUAGAAAAUGCCCCAAAUCUCACCCAUGUACAGUCAAGGGCAUAAAUAUACAUAUAUACAUUCCCAAAGUUUCAAAAAUAUGUGUACGCUCUUACACCUUAAACAACAAAGUCGUGAUCACAUAUUUUUGAGCCGUUUGUCUGGAUCGAUAUCUUUGCCUUCGACUGUACUAGUAUCCGAUACUCACAAAUAUCUGAACACGCCUCUAUGAGGGAUAUCGUUUUUUUGCUCACCAGUUGGCGCCUCUGUUCAAUUCAAUUUUUCAGGUAGUAUGGCUCCAUCGAUAUUGUCGAUGAUUUCGCCAACGUCAAAGUGGGAUCCACGUGGGAUCGAAUUAAUAUUUCUUGAUUAAAACAUAUCGGCCAUAACCAGUGUACGGUACGCAAAAAUCGGCAGACUUUUUUGUACAGAAAGUUCCUCUGUAUCGUUUUUAUUUGAUAUUUUGAAUUUGAAUUUUUGGCACUUCGCUUCGGGCUUGACAACACCAGUAAUGGACUAGGACCCAAUGAUGGACAUUAUUUUUUCAAACGCUGUUUUGAAUGUUUUGUAUUUAUUUUGCAACAAUAAAACGUUCAUAAUGUGAUCUUUCAGAUCUUUGAACGAAGUGUCCAUUACUGAUGCCUUUCAGCUUACAGUCAAUGAUAAUAUGGGGCAUUUUCUAUGAAAAGAGACCUUAUUGUCGAUGGCGCUUACGCCGCACAGCGUCACGCGGCAUUGUAUUUAUAUCGGAGCAUCGUUUAUAAUGGCGUAAGCGCAAUCGACAAUAAGGUCCCUUUUUAUAGAAAAUACCACAUAUAAUCGCUUACAGUGUCCAACACUGGGGUUGCCACACUGAAAUGAGUACAGUUAGACCAAGUCAAGUCUUCAACGGUUUACGCAGUGCAAGUGUUAUUUAUACGUCAUAAAUAGUCAUAUUUAGAAAAAUUGUAGAAUAAAAUUAUAGUCAAUAUUUAAUUUUAAAUUUGUAACGUCAACUUACGUACACAUACAUGCUUACAGAUGUAUGUGUACUAUGUAUUGUGUAUGUGUAUUUCCAUCGUAUUUUCUCGAAAACGUUAGUAUUUGUCAUGCUAUUUCAGUCAACCUCAGUACUUUUUGUAACGAGACUGACUGAAAUAGCAAGACAAGUUCGCACGUUUCCGUGAAAAUACAAUGGAAAAUAAUUAUGCACCACAUCAGUACAGUUACACGGUAGUACGGUACAGUCAGCAUGAAAUAGAUAGUGACGACCAAGGCCCGUUUCUCAAAAGCUUGUAGCUUGUAAUACAAGUGGAAGUCCCUUUCUAACAAAAGCUGUCAAAAAGUGACAUCCGCUUGCAAGGGCCUGACACUCUUUGAUAGAGAAAGAUAGUCUUACUACGAUUCCCAUAAGAGGAAAGAGAAAAUAGUGCCUAGCUUUAUCCUUAUCACCGACCGGGCAUUUUUUCAUGGUCGGGUUAUGGCAUCAUAUAUAGCUAUGGCGAAAUACCGAAAUUUAUAAGUGAAAGAGAAAAUACAUUGGACAUGCAAACCGGAUAAAUUGCGUAGUAUACAUUUUAUAUGAAAAUUCUUUCUCUUACCCCCGGUCGCUCGGUGGCGCGUCUAUAACUACUUGUAUACUAUGUCUAUGUCCGCUUGUAUUACCAGUUACAAGCUUUUGAGAUACGGGCCCCAGAGUGGUAUCAAUUUUAUUUAUUACAAUCAUACAUAUUUUAUCACUUACAGACUAUAUAUUCCAACGCGUGAUAAAUAUUACAUAAAACAAAGCUGAACAUUAAAUAUUUGGCAAAUAACAUAGUGUAACCAAAGGGCGGGUGAUGGAUGCAAUAUGGCGACGAAAUCAUAGGACUGACGGAUAGACGGAUAGGACUUUUAGAGUAAUAUUGAUGUAUAACUACAUAGUAUAAAACAAAGUCGCUUCCUGCUGUCUGGAUGGAUGUCUGUCCCUAUGUAUGCUUAGAUAUUUAAAACUACGCAACGGAUUUUGAUGCGUUUUUUUUUAAUAGAUAGCUAUUCAAGAAGGUUUAUCAGCAUUGCACCCGUGCGAAGCCGGGGCGGGUCGCUAGUAAAAUAUAAGUACAGUCGCCAUCAUCAGAUAUAUCGGAGCGGCCGAGAGACUCAAAAAUAUCUGAACACGCACCUAGCGCCAUGACAAUAGAGGCGUGUUCAGAUAUUUGUGAGCACCUUGGCUGCUCCGAUAUAUCUGAUGGCGACUGUACACGGUGUGACACGAGGAACGCGCAGGAUAUUUGAAAUAGAAAUAAUUUUAUUUGCAGAAAAAGGGUACAAUAAGUGUCUUAGGUUAAAUGUAUAUUACAUACAAUCGCUUCACCUUCUUCAGCUGUUUAAACAGCAUGCAAAUGUAUACAUCGUUAAUAAUGAAUUAAACAGUGUA